GGGAGCCAGAAAUCCGAGGGGACCGCACUCAGUAGCAACUAAACUACUACGAGAGAAUCAACAAUAAACGUAAAUCAACACGGAUUUGUUUUAAAAAACAUGUGUUUUGUGACGAACUAUUGCGCGAGUGAUUCCUAAUAUUAUUCAUCUGGACAAUGAGAUAACUUCUGACCCAAUUGGUGUACAUACAUAAUAAUAAUCCAAGAUGUAUAAGCUACUGGGAGGUUUGGCUAAUUACCUGAAAUAUCAGGAUAUUGUGACUGACUGUGCGGUGUUCCGUAUGCAUAAUUUGUUUACUACCGCACUUUUGAUGGCAUGCAGCUUGAUCAUUACGGCAAGUCAAUACGUAGGCAACCCUAUACAAUGCAUCAGCGAUGGAGCGAUUCCCAGUCACGUGAUCAACACGUUUUGCUGGAUUUCUUCCACCUUUACUAUGCCAGAUGCUUUUAAAAGACAGGUUGGUGUAGAAGUCCCUCAUCUAGGAUUGGCCAAUGACUUCAGUGACAAAGAUGCUCAAAAAUUUUACACAUACUACCAAUGGGUUUGUUUUGUGUUAUUUUUCCAGGCUAUAGCUUGCUACACACCCAAAGUAAUUUGGGACUCAUUCGAAAGCGGUUUAAUGAAAAUGCUUGUCAUGGGUCUUCACAUUGGGGUUUGCCGCAAAGACGAGAAGGAGAAGAAGAAAGAAGUUAUUCUUGAAUAUUUAAAAACGCAUGUUAAAAGGCACAACCUAUACGCUCUUAGGUACUGGGCUUGCGAGUGCCUAUGUCUGAUCAACAUCAUUAUUCAAAUGUAUUGCAUGAACAAAUUUUUUGACGGCGAGUUUAUAAAUUACGGCUGGAGGGUCAUGAAUUACUCACAGCAGCCACAAGAAGAGAGAGUCGAUCCGAUGGUCUAUGUCUUUCCACGUGUCACCAAGUGCAUUUUCCAUAAAUAUGGUCCUACCGGAACGAUCCAGAAGCAUGACAGCCUCUGCGUCCUACCACUUAACAUAGUGAACGAAAAAACUUACGUCUUCAUUUGGUUUUGGUACGUGCUCUUAUUAUCAAUGCUUACUAUUUUGGUCAUCUACAGAGUGAUCAUCAUUGCCCUGCCAAAAAUAAGACCGAGAAUCUUGCACGCCAAACACCGUAGCAUUCCUAUAGAAGUAUGCAACUCGCUGUGCAAGAAAGUGGAUAUGGGAGAUUGGUGGAUUUUGUUAAUGCUUGGUACUAACAUGGAUCCGUUAGUUUAUAGAGAGAUUAUCACUGAGCUUGUAAAAAAUAUCGAGCUGAAUAAAGACUAUAAUUAAGUACAAAUUACAUGUUUUAGAGUUGCUACUACAUAAGUAGAAAAUGUGAUAACUUUCUCAAGUACUUGGGAAUUUAUUUUCAUAUUCGAUGUUAAACUUCUAAUCAUUUUCUAUAAAAAUUGAAGCGGCUGAAAACAAAUUGUUUUUUACGUCUGAUAAAAUAAAAUAUAAGGAUACAAACUCCAUUCCGACAUAUCUAAAGAAUUUAUUAUAAAUUUACAAGUUAGACAAUUUAUUUAGUUUAUAGAAAGUAAUACUAUUAGAUAGUGUACUCUUGGUUAUGUCUCAAAAAUCUUAGGUUAGGGCACAUAAUCCAUUCGAGUUGAAACUGUUUGCGUUAGAUCUAAGUUGUGAAAGGGUAAAACUGCCAAAAUCCUAAGAAAUCAUACUGGUUAGAGCCAUAUGACUGCAAUUUUGUGAUUUUUCGCCAGAAUGUUUUUGCCUUUUUGAUAUAUUUUUUAUACUAUAAUAUUUUAUAAGAGGGAUUUUCGACUAUUUAUUGUAAUAAACUGAUGUUAAGUAUA